GUCAAGUGAUCAAAGCUUGGGAUAUUGGCAUAGCUACUAUGAAGAUAGGGGAAGUAUGUGUACUGACAUGCAAACCAGAGUAUGCAUAUGGCAAGACAGCUCAAAGGAGGAUACCAGCUAACUCUACACUGGUGUUUGAAGUGGAAUUGUUCUCAUUUCAAGGAGAUGAUUUGACAAUUAAUAAAGAUAAAGGUAUUCUGAGAAGAAUUGUACAGGCUGGAGAAGGAGUGGAUACUCCAAAUGAAGAUGCAAAUGUUGACGUGCAUCUCACCGGUAUUUAUGAAGAUAGGAUAUUUGAAGAUAGAGAUGUACAGUUUGUGAUUGGUGAAGCAAUUGACCAGGGCAUUCCCUCUGGAGUUGAAGAAGCAAUACAGAAAAUGAAAAAAGGGGAAAAAGUUGAUCUUGAUCUCUCAUCAAAAUAUGCAUUUGGGAGUGUUGGCAAAGCAGAGUUCAGUAUACCUCCCAAUGUGAAUGUCAGAUAUCAAGUAGAUCUUAAAGACUUUGAAAAGGCUAAGGAAUCUUGGGAAAUGGACUUGGAUGAAAAAAUGAAGAGUUCUGAAGUUAUUAAAGCAAAGGGCACUGAAUAUUUUAAGUCUGGAAAUUACUUGAAAGCAAUCAAACAAUAUAAAAAAAUUGUAGACUAUCUGUCUUCAGAGCGAGAAACAGAAAUGCCGCCAGAGACCCAAAAAGAAUGUGACAAACUUGUACUUGCUGCGAACCUGAAUCUAGCAAUGUGUUAUUUAAAAAUUGGGGAAGAAGUGCAAGCUGUUGAUGUUUGUGAUAAGGCACUGCAGAUUGACAACAAAAAUGAAAAAGGUUAUUUCAGAAGAGGAAGUGCCAGACUAAUACAAAAUGAGUUGCAACUGGCAGCAGAAGAUUUCCAAACUGUUUUAGAACUUGAACCUAAUAACAAAGCUGCCAAGAAUCAGCUGAUAUUGGUUUGUAAAAAAAUGAAAUUACAAAAAGAGCAAGAGAGAAAGACUUAUGGUAAUAUGUUCACUAGAUUUGCUGAGCAAGAUGCAAAGGCUGAAGCUAAGAAGAAAACAGAAAUAAUUAAGAAACCAGACACCAAACCUGAUGAAACAGAAAAUGUAAAUGAAGACUUGGAAAUGGAAGAUGAAAGCCCUGAAACCAAUGAGAAUACUGUGUGAUAAUAUUUGCAGCCUUACUGACUACACUUUUAUCCCUCAAGCAGUGUAAUUUUCCCAGAAUGAUUCAGCAACAAGUUGUUUCUGUACAAAAAUUUACAUAAUUGAUUAUUGGAACUGGGGAGAGGGGGGGGGGGGUAUAAAAGUCAGAUAACCACUGCCCCCUCAUUUAUUACACUGGGUGCCAUGUAAACCAAAAUUGCAAAACAGUGAGUGUGCUGGAUCAUACCAUUAUCUAAGGGGGUGCAAGUUGGAAAAUACAAAUCUAAAUCAUAAAUGGUUUACACAACCCACAAAAAUACCAGUUUCAAGUAAUCUUGAUUAGAUAACAUUUCUGAAUUAGACAUGAGUGACUUGUAUCACAACCGCUAUUGAGAAAAUUCAUACUGCAUCCCAUUUUUUUUCAAAAUGUAAAAACAUUGCAAUGAUUUUUCAUGUGAAAUUUUGUUAUAACAUUUGUUGAUAAGGUAAGAAGCUAUAGGAAACAAAGAAAUGCUUGGUAAAAUUGGCAGAUGAAAAUCCCUAAAUCACAUGAGUGUUGUCAGUGGAGCUAAAAUUGCAGUAUUUGGGUUUUUUUUGCCUAAAGGCUCUUGGCCAAUCAAUAAUGGUGAGGCAAUUGGUGUUGUAUGUUAGUUUGACCCCGAAGAUGCACUUCAAUUAUUGAAUAGCUUUUGAAAAUAUGUCAACUAAAAAAACACAAUAAUUUGAAAGCCAAUUUUUCAUUCUUUCAAAAUUGGCUGAAACAUGAUGUUCAAAUACAAGUCUGAUCUAUAAACUGUCAUGCUUUGUUUAUUAUUCAAACAUCAACAUUGUAUUGUCAUGAGUUAAUCUUUGAAACUUGUACACACACUGAUUAAACUUGUACACACACUGAUUAAA